AUGGGCCCCUCUCGCCAGGUCUACUUGCUCCCAUUGAAGGAUGACGGCUCCCCCGACGUGCCCGGUGGAUACAUUUACCUCCCACCUCCUGGUGACGAGGGAUAUGUGCUGCGAUUCAUCAUCGAGGGUACGAGCUCCAUCUGUCGACAGGGUAGCCUGUGGGUCAACAUUCCACAGGAGGGCAAAGCGUUCAAGCGCCAUUCGUUCCGCGAGUUCAGAUUAAAGCCCGAUUUCAAUUGCAACAUCCAGAUCGAUAUCCCUGUGUCCAGUGCGGGUGCUUUCGCGUAUUACACCACUUUCACCCCGCUGCCGGAGUUCUCGGUAGACCCUGUUCCUACACCCGAGCCCACGCAGACUCCUAUUCACUACAUAGACGUCGCCCCGAAAUUGACCCUCCAGGGCAAGCAUCUGCCACUCAAUGCACUCUCCAUUUUCUCGGUCAUCUCAAAGUUCAUGGGGGAGUUCCCUGUGGACUGGGAUAAGCAUCUUCAUGGCAUUAGUCAACGGAACUAUAACAUGGUUCAUUUUACUCCUCUCAUGCAGCGCGGUGCCUCCAAUUCUCCUUAUAGUAUCUUUGAUCAAUUGUCCUUUGCUCCGGCGCUGUUCCCAAAUGGAGAAGAAGACAUCGCCUCGUUGGUGUCGCGCAUGGAGAAGGAGUAUGGACUCCUCACUUUGACCGAUGUUGUGUGGAACCAUACCGCUCAUAAUAGCAAAUGGCUGGAGGAACACCCCGAGGCAGGAUACAAUGUUGAAACUGCUCCCUGGCUUGAAUCGGCCUUGGAAUUGGAUACCGCACUGUUGAAGUUCGGCGAGGACCUCGAGAGCCUGGGUCUACCCACGGAGUUCAAGUCUACCGAAGAUCUGGUAGCUGUUAUGAAUGCCAUGCGGAAGCAGGCCGUUGAUGGUAUUCGGCUGUGGGAGUACUAUGCCAUUGAUGUGAAGGCCGACAAGAAGAAGAUUCUCGAGGCGUGGACAAGCGGGAAGACGGACCCAGGAAGCAUUCAGCAGCCUGAUCUGCACAAAUUCGGUGAGUUGACACCGAAAGAACAAGCUCAACUUGUUCAUGAACACGGCAUUCCGGCUUCCAAGCAGGUCUACGGAAGAUUCGGUCGUUCAGUAGAUGCUACGUUUGGUGCCGCGAUCCUGACCGUACUCCACGGGGACUACAGUCAGGAUACCUCUGAAGCCGAGGCAACUUUGUCCAAACUUCUCGAUGCUGUGAACCUGCCUCUUUACGAGGAAUAUGAUACAGAUGUUGCAGAUAUCCUGGAUCAACUCUUCAACCGCAUCAAGUACCUUCGGAUUGACGACCAUGGCCCCAAGAUGGGUCCCGUCAGCAAGGACAGCCCCCUGAUCGAGACAUACUUCACUCGCCUUCCUCUUAAUGAGACCACUAAAAAGCAUAGUCCUAAGGCGCUCGCCUUGGUUAACAAUGGCUGGAUUUGGAAUGCCGACGCGAUGCGCGACAACGCUGGACCCGCCUCCAAAGCCUACCUGCGUCGUGAGGUGAUUGUCUGGGGCGAUUGCGUGAAGCUUCGAUACGGAAACUCGCCUGAUGACAACCCUUUCCUCUGGGACUUUAUGACCAAAUACACCGAGCUCAUGGCCAAGUACUUCAAUGGCUUCCGAAUCGAUAACUGCCACUCCACUCCGCUGGUUGUUGCGGAAUACUUGUUGGACAAGGCACGCAAAGUUCGGCCCGACCUGACAGUCUUCGCGGAACUCUUCACCGGCUCUGAGGAGGCCGAUUAUGUCUUCGUCAAGCGCCUGGGUAUCAACUCCCUCAUUAGAGAGGCCAUGCAGGCUUGGAGUACUGCAGAGUUGAGUCGACUCGUUCACCGUCAUGGUGGGCGUCCCAUCGGUAGCUUUGACGUGGGUCUGCCCUCCGCUGGUAGCAGCCAUGCCAUUGCGUCUGCACAAUCCGGUGUUGCCGCUGAAGAGAUUAUCCAUAUUCGGCCUUCCCCGGUUCAAGCAUUGUUCAUGGACUGCACCCACGACAACGAAGUCCCUGCUCAAAAGCGCGAUGCUAGGGAUACCCUUCCCAACGCAGCUCUCGUUGCAAUGUGUGCCUCCGCCACUGGUAGCGUCAUGGGUUACGACGAAAUUUAUCCCAAGCUCAUCGAUCUUGUCCAUGAGAAGCGGCAGUAUACUAGCCCAUUCUCAGGUACCCACAAGCUGGAGGUUGGUGCCGGAGAGGGCGGUAUCGGCGGCGUGAAGCGCCUGCUGAAUGAGCUGCACACCAUGAUGGGCGUUGAGGGUUACGACGAAACUCACAUUCACCACGAUGGUGAAUACAUCACUGUUCAUCGGGUUCAUCCGAAAACAAGAAAGGGAGUCUUCCUAAUCGCUCACACUGCGUUCCCUGGAAAUGAGAAUGGUGCAGUCUUGGCUCCAACUCACAUCACGGGCACCCAAGCUAAGCAUAUUGGAUCUUGGGUUCUUGAAGUUGACGCCAGUGAUGAGGCCAAGGCUAAGAUUUCAGGAGAUGAUAAGUACCUCAAGGGUCUUCCAAGUCGCGUACGCGAUAUCGAUGCCACUAAAAUUGAAGGCGAUGGUAAAGAUGUGGCCAUCUCCGUUCUGAAUACCCUGGUACCUGGAUCUAUUUCACUGUUCGAAACCUGGAUUCCCGGCGCAGAACAUGCCAUCGGUCUGGACAACUUCCUCUCUAGUGGUGUCGAUGAGGCGUUCUCGGGCCUCAGCUUGGUCGAUUUGAACUUUGCUCUGUACCGCUGCGACGCCGAGGAGAGAGAUUCUAGCAAUGGUGAGGACGGGGUGUACGACAUCCCCAAGCACGGUCCUUUGGUCUAUGCUGGUCUACAAGGCUGGUGGAGUGUGCUUGAGGAUAUCAUCAAGUACAACCAACUAGGACAUCCACUUUGCGACCAUCUUCGUGAGGGUCAGUGGGCCUUGGAUUAUGUCGUUGGGCGAAUGGAGAAGGUCGCUUCCAAAGAAGGCUACUCUGCGCUUCACAAGCUGGCUGCAUGGCUUCGUGAGAAGUUUGACGCUGUUCGUGGUUUGCCUAACUUCCUGCUACCGCGGUAUUUUGCGAUUAUCGUACAAGUCGCCUACAAUGCUGCAUGGAAGGCAGGUAUUCACCAUUUUAGUGACAACGUCCGUCAUGGUCAGGAAUUCAUUCAUCAGCUGGCUAUGGUCAGCGUUCAGCAAACCGGUUAUGUGAACUCGGCUUCUCUGUGGCCUACGAAACAAGUACCUAGCUUGGCAGCUGGGCUCCCCCAUUUCGCAGUCGAUUGGGCGAGAUGCUGGGGUCGUGAUGUGUUCAUCUCCAUUCGCGGUCUCUUCCUCUGCACUGGUCGCUUUGACGAUGCCAAGGAGCAUAUUCUUGCUUUUGCAAGCGUGCUUAAGCACGGUAUGAUUCCCAACCUUCUGAGCAGCGGCAAGUUGCCUCGGUAUAACUCCCGUGACUCGGUUUGGUUCUUCCUGCAAGCUAUUCAGGACUAUACCAAAAUGGUUCCAAAUGGCAGCAGCCUGUUGCAAGAGAAGGUUCCACGAAGAUUCUUGCCUUAUGAUGACACGUGGUUCCCCUUUGAUGACCCUCGCGCGUACUCAAAGUCUCCCACGAUCUUGGAGGUCAUUCAAGAAGUGUUCCAGAGACAUGCUCAGGGCAUGUCAUUCCGUGAAUACAAUGCAGGACCGGACCUUGAUGUUCAAAUGAAGCCCGAGGGUUUCCAGAUUGACAUUAAAGUCGAUUGGGAGACCGGUAUCAUCUUUGGCGGCAGUCAAAGUAACUGUGGCACGUGGCAGGACAAGAUGGGCGAGAGCGAGAAAGCAGGCAGCAAGGGUGUUCCUGGAACCCCCCGUGACGGAGCCGCGAUCGAAAUCACCGGUCUUGUCUACAGUGCUCUUGCAUGGGUAGCGAAGCUGCACGAAUCCAACGUGUAUCCUCAUGCGGGAGUCGACAUUGGCGACGGAAAAUCGAUCACUUUCAAGGAAUGGGCGGAGAAGAUCAAGACCAACUUUGAACGGUGUUAUUACGUCCCCGUUGACGCCCAGGAGGAUAGCCAGUACGAUGUCGAUGCCAACGUUGUGAACCGCCGUGGUAUCUACAAGGACUUGUACAAGUCUGGCAAGCCGUUUGAGGAUUACCAGCUCCGUGGCAAUUACCCUAUCGCCAUGUCUGUAGCCCCCGAGCUGUUCACGCCCGAGAAGGCUCUCUUGGCUCUCUCAAUCGGCGACUCUGCCAUCCUGGGACCUGUCGGCAUUGCCACCCUUGACCCAUCCGAUCUCAAUUACCGCCCGUACUACAACAACUCGGAGGACUCCACGGAUUUCGCAACCUCCAAGGGCCGAAACUACCACCAAGGUCCAGAAUGGGUCUGGCAGCGGGGCUACUUCCUGCGUGCCCUGCUCCACUUUGACCUCCUGCGUCGCAAGACGGCCGAAGCGCGAACUGAGUCCUUCCAGCAGAUCACCCGGCGACUUGAUGGGUGCAAGAAGGCUUUGCGGGAGAGUCCGUGGAAGGGACUGACAGAGUUGACCAACAAGAAUGGAGAGUACUGUGCAGACUCGUCGCCUACCCAAUCGUGGUCCGCAGGUUGCCUGCUUGAUCUCUAUUAUGAUGCUUUGACACUUUCUUAG